UGACGUCAUCCACUGACCCUCUUCACCCCCCGGCCGAGGGGCGGUGGCCGCGCAGGCUCCGCGGGACGGACUCACGGACAGACAGGGGACGGAGGGACGGGCGUACGGCCAGGCCAUGCCGGGGGAAGCUGCCCGCUCCGAGCUGCUGCUGCCGGAGGCGGGCGGAACAGGGCCCCGCACAGAUCUGUCCUGCGAUGCGGCUGCGCCUACCACCCCGAGGGGGGACCAGCUGGAGCACUGUGUCCUGACGCCUGAGCCCAGUGCCCUGGCUCUCACGUUCCUGCCCAGCAAGCCGGGUGCCCGGCCCCCGCCUGACGGAGCCAGCUGGGAUGCAGGGCCGGGACGCGCCCCCUCGGCCUGGGCAGUCCAGGCAGAGGGCGGCCCCAGCCCAGGGUCCCCCGAGGUUCGGCCUGCUGAAGGUCCUCUCCCAGCCUCCCUGGAGCCCCGGAUUGUGAUGGGCGAGGAGACGUGCCGGGCAUCCCCACUGCCCAGGGCAACCCUGCCAGAGCUCAGGGACUGGGAGGGUGGGCACGCCAGCCUGAACCCACCCCCCGAGUUGUGUUCUCAGGGUGACCCUCCUGUGCCUUUCCCUGCCCCCGACUCUGAUUCCUACUUCACCCCUCCCUCCACCCCGACCGAGACAGCCUCCACCCUGCUCCCUGGCCCCGGGCCCCACAGGGAUGCCCAGGAUGCCCAGGCUGAGCUGGGGAACUCGCCGCCAGCCUCGCCCUCAGGCUCCUACAUCACGGCAGACGGGGACAGCUGGGCCUCGUCCCCAUCCUGCUCCGUGAGCCUGCAGGCCCCGGCUGAUGGGCUGGAUGUGCCCUCAGGCUGGGGCUUCUCCCCACCUGGGUCUGUGGCUGAUGAGAGGGAGCUGCCCCUUGCCGGGACCCCAGACACCUCGUCCCCAGAGUCCAGCCUCUCAGCAGACAGCAGCUCUUCCUGGGGCCAGGAGGGCCAUUUCUUCGAGCUGGACUUCCUGGCCAACGACCCGAUGAUCCCUGCUUCCCUCCUGCCCUUCCAGGGCAGCCUCAUCUUCCAGGUGGAGGCUGUCGAGGUGACGCCGCUGCCCGCCGAGGAAGAGGAGGAGGAACAGGCGGAGGAGGGCGAGCAGGAGGCCCCCAGCCCCAGAGAGGACCUGGCCGGGCAGGGCGAGGACGACAGCACGUUCGCCUCCUCGCUGCAGUCGCUGUCCGACCUGUCCAUCGCUGAGGGCAUGGACGAGGCCUUCGCCUUCCGAGAUGACACCUCGGCCGCCUCCUCUGACCCCGACUCCGCCUCCUACGCGGGGGGUGAUGAUGAGAGACUGUACAGCGGGGAGCCCCACGCACAGCCCACCACCCUGCUCCAGGACAGCCCUGGUGAGGCCGCCUCCUGGGGCCCUGAGCCCACUCUUGGGGUGUCCGAGGGAGAGGUUGGCCGGGCUGCCAAGAGCCAGGAACCCAUCUCCGAUAUAACCGGGGUGGGCCCCGCUCCAGGCCAGGUGUCCGCUGCUGCUAUGGCCCCUCACGUCCCACAGAAAGCCCCAGGCCUCACUGGGGUGACCCCUCAGGCCUGGGCAGCAGAGGCAGGCUCCACCAUGGGACCAGCACCUGUUGCCACAAUCACACCUCAGUCCCUGCAGGAGGGAGACGGCGCUGCCUUAGGCUUAGAGCCCCAGACUUCGAAGGAAGAGGCGGGCCUCGACUCUCUGCAGAACCUGAAGGAAGAAAUAGGCCAGGAGUUUGCCGCUGCAGGCAGCCCUGAGCCCCAGGCAGGAGAAGUGGAACCGGCAGCAUCCCCGCCCCUGCAGGAUGCAGGCUUCCCCACUGGCCAGGGAUUUGAGCACCAGGCCAGCCCUGAGCCCCAGCCAGAAGAAGUGGACCUGACGGCAUCCUUGCCCCUGCAGGAUGCAGGCCUCCCCUAUGGCCAGGGAUCUGAGCCCCAGGCCAGCCCUGAGCCCGAGCCAGAAGAAGUGGACCUGACCGCAUCUUUGCCCCUGCAGGAUGCAGGCCUCCCCUGUGGCCAGGGAUCUGCCCCCGAGGACAGCCCUGAGCCCCAGCCAGAAGAAGUGGACCUGAUGGCAUCCCUGCCCCUGCAGGAUGCAGGCCUUCCGUCUGGCCAGGGAUCUGUCCCCCAGGACAGCCCUGAGCCCCAGCCGGAAGAAGUGGACCUGACAGCAUCCCUGCCCCUGCAGGAUGCAGGCCUUCCCUCUGACCAGGGAUCUGCCCCCGAGGCCAGCCCUGAGCCCCAGCCGGAAGAAGUGGACCUGACGGCAUCCCUGCCCCUGCAGGAUGCAGGCCUCCUCUCUGGCCAAGGAUCUGCCUCUGAGACCAGCCCUGAGCCCCAGCCGGAAGUGGACCUGACGGCAUCCUUGCCCCUACAGCAUACAGGCCUUCCCUCUGACCAGGGAUCUGCCCCCAAGGCCAGCCAUGAGCCCCAGCCAGAAGAAGUGGACCUGACCGCAUCUUUGCCCCUGCAGGAUGCAGGCCUCCCCUGUGGCCAGGGAUCUGCCCCCGAGGACAGCCCUGAGCCCCAGCCGGAAGAAGUGGACCUGAUGGCAUCCCUGCCCCUGCAGGAUGCAGGCCUUCCCUCUGACCAGGGACCUGUCCCCCAGGACAGCCCUGAGCCCCAGCCGGAAGAAGUGGACCUGACAGCAUCCCUGCCCCUGCAGGAUGCAGGCCUUCCCUCUGACCAGGGAUCUGCCCCCGAGGCCAGCCCUGAGCCCCAGCCGGAAGAAGUGGACCUGACGGCAUCCCUGCCCCUGCGGGAUGCAGACCUCCCCUCUGACCAGGGAUCUGCCCCCGAGGCCAGCCCUGAGCCCCAGCCGGAAGAAGUGGACCUGACGGCAUCCCGGCCCCUGCAGGAUGCAGGCCUUCCCUCUGACCAGGCAUCUGCCCCCAAGGCCAGCCCUGAGCCCCAGCUGGAGGAAGUGGACCUGACGGCAUCCCUGCCCCUGCAGGAUGCAGGCCUCCUCUCUGGCCAAGGAUCUGCCUCUGAGACCAGCCCUGAGCCCCAGCCGGAAGUGGACCUGACGGCAUCCUUGCCCCUGCAGGAUGCAGGCCUCCCCUCUGGCCAAGGAUCUGCCCCCGAGGCCAGCCCUGAGCCCCAGCCGGAAGAAGUGGACCUGACGGCAUCUUUGCCCCUGCAGGAUGCAGGCCUCCCCUCUGGCCAAGGAUCUGCCCCCGAGGCCAGCCCUGAGCCCCAGCCAGAAGAAGUGGACCUGACGGCAUCCUUGCCCCUACAGCAUACAGGCCUUCCCUCUGACCAGGGAUCUGCCCCCAAGGCCAGCCCUGAGCCGCAGCUGGAAGAAGUGGACCUGAUGGCAUCCCUGCCCCUGCAGGAUGCAGGCCUCCCCUCUGGCCAAGGAUCUGCCUCUGAGACCAGCCCUGAGCCCCAGCCGGAAGUGGACCUGACUGCAUCUUUGCCCCUGCAGGAUGCAGGCCUCCCCUCUGGCCAAGGAUCUGCCCCCGAGGCUAGCCCUGAGCCCCAGCCAGAAGAAGUGGACCUGACGGCAUCCUUGCCCCUACAGCAUACAGGCCUUCCCUCUGACCGGGGAUCUGCCCCCGAGGCCAGCCCUGAGCCCCAGCCGGAAGAAGUGGACCUGACGGCAUCCUUGCCCCUACAGCAGACAGGCCUUCCCUCUGACCGGGGAUCUGCCCCCGAGGCCAGCCCUGAGCCCCAGCCGGAAGAAGUAGACCUGACGGCAUCCUUGCCCCUGCAGGAUGCAGGUCUUCUCUCUGACCAGGGACCUGCCCCCGAGGCCAGCCCUGAGCCCCAGCAGGAAGAAGUAGACCUGACGGCAUCCUUGCCCCUGCAGGAUGCAGGUCUUCCCUCUGACCAGGGAUCUGCCCCCGAGGCCAGCCCUGAGCCCCAGCCCGAAGAAGUGGACCUGACAGCAUCCCUGCCCCUGCAGGAUGCUGGCCUCCUCUCGGUCCAGGGAUCUGCCUUUGAGGCCAGCCCUGAGCGCCAGCCGGAAGAAGUGGACCUGACAGCAUCCCUGCCCCUGCAGGAUGCUGGCCUCCUCUCGGUCCAGGGAUCUGCCUCCGAGGCCAGCCCUGAGCCCCAGCCAGAAGAAGUGGAACCAGCAGCAUCCUUGCCCCUGCAGGAUGCAGGCUUCCCCUUGGUCCAGGGAUCUGCCUUUGAGGCCAGCCCUGAGCCCCAGCCAGAAGAAGUGGACCUGAUCGCAUCCCAGCCCCUGCAGGAUGAAGGCCUACCCUCUGGCCAAGGAUCUGCCUCUGAAGCCAGCCCUGAGCCCCAGUUGGAAGAAGUGGACCUGACAGCAUCCCUGCCCCUGCAGGAUGCUGGCCUCCUCUCGGUCCAGGGAUCUGCCUCCGAGGCCAGCCCUGAGCCCCAGCCAGAAGAAGUGGACCUGACAGCAUCCCUGCCCCUGCAGGAUGCAGACCUCCCUUUGGUCCAGAGAUCUUCCUCCAAGGCCAGCCCUGAGCCCCAGUCGGAUGAAGUGGACCUGACCGCAUCCCCGCCCCUGCAGGAUGCAGGCCUCCCCUCUAGCCAAGGAUCUGCCACCAAGGCCAGCCCUCAGGCCUUGCAGGCUGACAAAGGCUACACCCUAGGGACAGAGCCCAUGACCACCACAGCCCAACAGAAAGGAGGCAAGACUUUGGAACUGAGGCCAGCGCCUGAGAAAAGGGACCCAGACCACACUGGAGGCUCAGACUCUCUGGCCUUGGAUCAGAUCCAUCUGGGUGGCCUGGAACCAGCUGCAGAUGCUCGGAUACCCUUGGACGGAGAUGCAGGCCCUUCUAAAUCUGCCACAGAGACCCCAGACACACCUGAGCCUGCCACGGAGGCCCCAGGCACACCUGAGCCUGCCACGGAGGCCCCAGGCACACCUGAGCCUGCCACGGAGGCCCCAAGUCCCCCAGAGCCUGACUCCAGUGGGGAGGAAGUAGCCAAGGACCUUUUGGCACCUGAGCGGGGAGCCUGUCCUGAUGCCCGUGUGCAUGGGGGUGAUGGAGCUGAGCCCAGCUCACCCCUAAAGGAGGCCCCAGGGGCUGAGAACCAGGGGCGUGGAGUUCUAAAGGCAGUCGUCUGCAGCCCAGGGGCAUGUCCUGCUGCCAGCCCGGAGGCUGGCCAGGUGGGGCCCCCAAGCCCAGUGGAGGAGGGAAGGGCCGCCCUGGGGCCCGGGCUUCCCGUGGCUGUGGCCUCAGAGGCUGGGCUGGGCUCCUGCCCAGAGUCUCUAUCAAGGGCUGUACCCAGGCUGGGAGGGAGCUGUCCCAAAGAUCCUGCCCUGGCAUUUCCACUGCCCUCAAGGCAGCCAGAGCCUGUGCGGGGCCUGCACAGCGGAGAGCAGGCCCGGGCAGCCCUGGGAGUCCUCGGCUCCUCCCCGCCGCAGCCUCCACGAAGCCCCCCAGGGGGCCUGCCCGGUGCACCCCAAGACAGCAUCCAGGGCGCCGAGUCCUCCGCUCCUGGUGUCCUCGUGCAGACAGUCCCCCACCGCGCGGCACCCCCUGGCCCCUGCCCUUGCCAGGUCCCCGGGGAAGACUUGGGGGAGGGCGCGGAGCCCCUGGGCUCUCUGGGGCUCCCACCACCGAGGGCAAGAGGCCAGCGGGCGGUGGCUGCCUUCUCAGGGACCAAGAAUCCCCCCGGGGCCGGGCAGGUCAGCCUCCCGCCCCACUCCCCCCUCCUCAGCCCCAAGGCGGCCCCCAAGGGGGCUACCCAUGCCAAAGACCUGGCCUCGAGGAUCUCGCCCCCCUGCCAAGUGCCUCCUGGCUCUGGGCUCCGGAGCCCAGCCGGACCUCGAGGGCUCCCAGCCGCCGAGCAGCAGGAUGACCAGGACAGUUUGGAAGAAGACUCACCGCAGGCUCCGGGCUCCGGCCAGCACUCAGACAGCCACGGGGAGUCGUCGGCGGAGCUGGAGGAGCAGGACCUCUCGGGACCGCGGACCGCGCAGUGCCCAGCCCAGGCCCCGGCAGGCGGCGGGAGCGAGGAGACCGUCACCAAAGUCAAGCAGAGCCGCAGUGAGAAGAAGGCCCGAAAGGCGAUGUCCAAGCUGGGCUUACGACAGAUCCAGGGGGUCACCAGGAUCACCAUCCAGAAGUCCAAGAACAUCCUCUUUGUCAUCGCCAAGCCUGACGUCUUUAAGAGCCCGGCCUCGGACACCUACGUGGUCUUCGGCGAGGCCAAGAUCGAGGACCUGUCCCAGCAGGUGCACAGAGCUGCGGCUGAGAAGUUCAAGGUACCCUCAGAGCCCUCCGCCCUGGUCCCCGAGUCAGCGCCAGGGCCGAGGGUGAGGCCAGAGUGCAAGGAGGAGGAAGAGGACGACGACGAGGAGGUGGACGAGACGGGGCUGGAGCUUCGGGAUAUUGAGCUGGUGAUGGCGCAGGCCAACGUGUCAAGGGCCAAGGCCGUGCGGGCCCUGAGGGACAACCAGAGCGAUAUCGUCAACGCCAUCAUGGAGCUGACAAUGUAGCUGCUGACCAGAGACCUGGCUCCACCCCUGCCCCCCAGCUCUGCUGCUCAAUAAACCAGUGUCCCCUCAUCGCCUCUCUGC